AUGGGAAGGAAAAAACUAGAAAUCAAGCGAAUUGAGAACAAAAGUAGCCGACAAGUGACCUUCUCCAAACGACGCAACGGUCUCAUCGAGAAAGCUCGUCAGCUUUCUGUUCUCUGCGAUGCAUCCGUCGCUCUUCUCGUUGUCUCCGCCUCCGGAAAGCUCUACAGCUUCUCCUCCGGUGAUAACCUUGUGAAGAUCCUUGAUCGAUAUGGAAAACAACAUGCUGAUGAUCUUAAAGCCUUGGAUCUUCAGUCUAAAGCCCUGAACUAUGGUUCACACCAUGAGCUACUAGAACUUGUGGACAGCAAGCUUGUGGAAUCAAAUGUGGGUAAUGUAAGUGUCGAUACACUCGUUCAGCUGGAGGGACACCUUGAGACAGCCCUCACUGUAACUAGAGCUAGGAAGACACAACUAAUGCUGAAGCUUGUUGAGAGUCUCAAAGAAAAGGAGAAACUGCUGAAAGAAGAGAACGAGGUUUUGGCUAGCCAGAUGGAGAAGAAGAAUCUCGAGGGAGGAGGGGAAGUUGAUAAUAUGGAGAUGUCGCCUGGACAAGUCUCCGACAUCAAUCUUCCGGAGAUGGCUACUUCGUAUGUACCUCUGAUCGCUGUGUUAUGCGUUUUGCUAGUCCCGCUUGCGGCCAUGGCGGUUGGAACGCCAUUCCACAUUGAAGGCUGUGUUUACUGCGACACUUGCCGCUUUGGAUUCGAGACAAUCGCCACCAAAUAUAUCAGCGGGGCAAAAGUAAGAAUAGUAUGCAAAGACAGAGUGACAUUGAGAUCGGAGGUUGUUGGUGAGGCGGUGACGGGACGCAACGGAAGAUACAGAGUCGCCGUCACAGGAGACCGACAGGACCAGCAAUGUCUGGCGGAGCUUGUUCACAGUCCCAUUCCCGGCUGCAACGUUGCCGAUCCUGGCCGAAGCACAGCCACCGUGAUCCUCACGCGGUCCAACGGUGCCGCCUCUACUCGCCACUUCGCCAACGCCAUGGGUUUCUUCCGUGACCAACCGCUCCGUGGCUGCGCCGCUCUCCGCAAACGCUAUCUCUCCGACGGCGAUAACCGUGCUAUUUGA